CGACACAGGAACCUCGACAUCUCGAGACUGGCCCGACGACAUGUCUCUGACCAUUCCUGUGCCCCCGCGCGACACCAGCCCGCCGUCGUCCGUCGAGGCAGUCAGCCCGCGCUCCAUCAUCGAGGCCGACUCCGACCCCUCGGAUGGACUGGAAAGCUGUGACACGAGCACCAAGUCAGUCAACCAGAGCAUCUUCGACUUUGUACGCGAGAAUGGCAGGACCUACCACCGCUACCAGGCCGGCUCGUAUCCUUUUCCCAACGACCAGUUUGAGAUCGAGCGGAUGGACCUACAAUUCGAGAUUCUGAAGGUGCUGUUCAAGGGACGCAAUUUCUUCGCGCCACUAAAGGACCCACGCAAAAUAUUCGACAUUGGCACAGGAACAGGCAAAUGGGCGAUAGAGAUGGGCAAUACGUUUCCAAAGGCCGAAGUUACAGGAACAGAUCUCUCACCCAUCCAGCCCGAGUGGGUACCGAACAACGUCAAGUUCGUCAUCGACGAUGCCAACGAAGAAGACUGGAUGCUAGAUCCUAUGGACUACAUCCACACUCGCCUCCUGGCUGGCAGUUUCGAGGACUUUCGGGACGUCAUCGCGAAAUCGUUUCGCUACUUGAAGCCUGGUGGCUGGAUGGAAUCCCAGGAGAUGAUGACAACAGUUUAUUGUGAUGACGGAACAAUGAGCCCAGAUUUCGCUUUCGCAGAGUGGACGCAGACGCAAGACCAAGCUGCCAUGAACCUCGGGAAGCCUCUUCGCAUCGCAAACAAGCUGAAACGCUGGUACGAGCAAGCCGGGUUCGUGGAUGUCCACGAGGAAGUAUUCAAGCUGCCCAUCAACUCGUGGCCGAAGGAUCCGCAAUUCAAGAUGCUCGGCCGGUUCAAUGAGACCAAUCUUCUCGACGGGCUGCAAGCUUUCAGCCUUCAGCUGUUCCAGAGAGGCCUGAACUGGACCAAGGAUGAGAUCGAAGUCUACUUGGUCCAUGUCCGAAAGGCGCUAUCGGAUCGGAAUGUGCACGCCUACCACAAGAUCUACGUGGUCUGGGGGAGAAAGCCAGAAGAAAACGAACUCGGUGUUCCAAGCCCGCCGUCUCAGCCUACGUCCUAACGAGUCGCCUCGCAUAGUUUCUGAUGUACACGCAUAACGAAUUUCCUUGCCUUCAGUCUUCAGCAUUUCAGCGGUGCAAAAGCGGUUCAUCGGCGGCUAUUUCCGGAGUUUUCGUCAUUCGCGCAACCUCGCACUUUCGAAGGACUUCUGGCAUCGGUGGAGCUAGGCGUACUUUCUGUUCUUCGCAUCCAUGCAUUAAGCACAUCGGGGGCCUUUUGCUGUUUCCAAAAGCCGAUUCUACAGUCGGACAUCGUCGAUUCUGUUGGAUAAUGGACCGAAUUUGAGCGUUGGAGUACGAGCAUGGUGUUCAUUGAAGAUUGGCACAAGCAAUUGAAUACGGAACGAGGUUUGGAACCCAGCAAAUGUUAUAUCAUGUUGC